AUGAAACAUUCUCAUAUUUUACCACUAGUAUUCUGUAUAUUUUUCCUUACUUUAAUUAUUGUCCAAGCUAGGCAUCAUUCCCAUGCAAAACACAAGCAUUCACAUUCUCAUAAAUCAUCUGAAAUUCCACAACCUCCUGCUCCACAGCCUGCACCUCCUCAUAACAAGAACUAUUACAAUGCCUCUGGUAUUUUUGAUGUACGAAAGUUUGGAGCAAUAGGAGAUGGAAUAACAGAUGAUACAGAGCCAUUCAAGAUGGCAUGGGACACUGCAUGCCAAAGUGAAUCAGCAGUUAAUGUUAUCCUUGUUCCUCAAGGUUUCUCCUUUAUUAUUCAAUCUACCAUCUUCACAGGUCCUUGUCAAGGAGGCUUAGUAUUGAAGGUAGAUGGCACUCUUAUGCCACCUGAUGGACCUGAAUCUUGGCCAAAGAACAAUAGUAGGCACCAAUGGUUGGUUUUUUAUAGAAUUAAUGGAAUGUCACUGGAAGGUGGUGGGUUAAUAGAUGGGAGAGGAGAAAAAUGGUGGGACCUUCCCUGUAAGCCUCACCGGGGAUCUGGUGGGACAACAUACCCAGGACUUUGUGAUAGCCCAAUUGCCAUAAGGUUUUUUAUGAGUUCCAACUUGACUGUGCAAGGACUUAGGAUAAAGAACAGCCCUCAAUUCCAUUUCAGAUUUGAUGGCUGCAGAAACGUCCACGUAGAAUCAAUCUACAUAACAGCUCCAAAACUAAGCCCCAAUACUGAUGGAAUUCACAUAGAAAAUACCAAUGACGUGAAAAUAUAUAAUUCUGUGAUUUCUAAUGGUGAUGACUGUGUAUCCAUUGGUUCCGGAUGCUAUGAUGUCGAUAUAAAGAACAUUACCUGUGGACCUGGUCAUGGAAUUAGUAUUGGUAGUCUGGGAAAUCACAACUCUAGAGCCUGUGUUUCAAACAUUACGGUGAGAGACUCGUUGAUAAAAGUGUCAGAUAAUGGAGUUAGGAUCAAGACUUGGCAAGGUGGAUCAGGAUCUGUAUCUGGAGUGACAUUCAGUAACAUUCACAUGAGCAGUGUAAGAAAUCCCAUCAUAAUUGACCAGUUCUACUGCCUCACUAAGGAUUGCACCAACAAGACCUCUGCAGUAUUUGUAUCAAAUAUUCUCUACAAAAACAUCAAGGGAACCUAUGAUAUAAGGAGCCCUCCUAUGCGUUUUGCCUGCAGUGACUCCGUUCCAUGCACCAACUUAACACUCUCAGAUAUUGAGCUCCUUCCAGCACAAGGUUAUCUAGUGCAUGAUCCUUUCUGUUGGAAUGCUUAUGGAGAUUUGCUCACACUAACCAUUCCACCAGUCUCUUGCUUGUUGGAGGGCACUCCUCAGUCCGUGUUAGACUAUGACAUAACUCUUUGCUGA